AUGGGCAACUUCGCGAGACGGAAUGAAGGAAACGAUAGCUAUCUCAUGAACCAACAGAUGGCUGUUCCUGGGACCUACAGUCAUUCAGGUGGUCAUGACUUCAACACGACCGGAUCUGGCCCAUAUCAUUUCCCUCAGCAUUCGUUCAAUCCCUAUGGAUCUCAAUUCGGUCCCUCCUAUGGGCAGCAAUCUGGUCUCUCUGCUGGCAUCCAGCAUUUGCCGUAUCAGACUGAUCACACCAUUCCUUCAAUGCCUCCCUCUGAUGACAUUAGGCUGCACAACUCGUCUUCGCAAUACUUGGCAGAGACACGAUACCUGCCAGCCAGAUACCUGCCCCUUCGCGAGGCUCUUAGUGAAACGGAGAUUGAGGAUCAAGAAUCCCAUAACGAGGGUACUAUGCUGUCGGAAGCUGUAGUGCCUCCGUUGGAUGGAUUCCCAGAUGUCAAGGAAUUUGACCAAUUGAUGCAGAGUUACGUCAAUGAACUGUCGGUGAAGAAACAGGACAAGGCACUGAUUCAUGCCAAAAGAGCACGGAACAUCAAGAAUGUGCUGAUGGAACCGAAAGAUACGGCGAUUGAAUCCGCUCAGUUUCGCUUCUGGGUGAAAAAGAUGUUCAAACUUCAAAGUGCCGGGAUGGGAACAACCGAUUGCCGCAAAAUGAUCUGCCAUGAGGGAAAACCCGUCGCCAUCCGCGAGAAACUAUUCAAAAUCCUGACCCAGGCGCACAAGCAAUGCCAACAUGGUGGACGCGACAAGACCUCUGCCCAAGUUCGACGCAUCUACUCCUGUGCGUCGAGGCGGAUCUCGCCUCACCCCCCCCAGUUCUCGGCGAAGCUCCCCCGCCUCGAUAGGGUGUCUCGAUCUCCCAAACUGCCCUCGCCACCUAUCUCAAGACGGGAAUCAACGUUUGGAGGGCAGGUGCCGCUUGAUCGGGCACAGUCCGACUAUUUUGGUCAGUUACAUAGUCAUGGGUGGAUCGAUAGCCACCAGAACUUACAGGGUCGAUCCACCUUGAGUACUGGGAUCCGGUCUGCCCAUGGACCCAUGGGCAGUCUCACACACUCGAUCACAGGACCAUUAGACCACUUCUCCGAUAUUUCUGUACCGGGCUCGCAACUUAGCUACACAGCCGGAUAUGGCCCAGCCUAUGGACCGCCACCUCAACGUGAGUACUAG